CUGGGCCAAUGGGCAAGGGGCUUGUUGGGAAGUGCCACUCUUUGAGGGAGCGGGGGCUCGGCGGUGGUGGCCCCGGCAUGAGCGGCCCGCGCUCCCCUCGUUGACUGCCGCCCCUCUCCCCUUGCCGCCCAGCCAUGGCCAGCGCCUCGAGAGACCUGCAGGGCGCCGACGUCUUCGACGAGGCCGUAAGAGGCACCUGCGACGACGCCUCGCUCUGCAAGCGAUAUGCUGUAAGCAUUGGCUACUGGAAGGAUCCUUAUAUUGAAUACUUUGUGAGACAGCCGAAAGAAAGGAAGGCACCUGAGAUUAGCCGAGGAUAUUAUGCUCGUGUUCAGGGAGUUGGUCACUUACUUAAGGCCUUCUUACAGAAGACAGAAUGCAACUGCCAAAUCAUCAACCUUGGUGCCGGCAUGGAUACCCUGUUCUGGAAAUUAAAGGAUGAGAAUCUGCUCCCUAGAAAAUAUUUUGAAAUUGAUUUCCCAUCUAUAGUCACAAGGAAAAUCCACAACAUCAAAUCAAAACCUCCCCUGUCAAAGCCAAUUGCAGAAAGCCAUUCAGGGGAGUCUCUCCUGAUAGAUGCUCACAGUCUCGACUCCAGCCGAUAUGCCAUCAUUGGUGCAGAUCUCCGAGAGCUGCCCAAACUAGAGGAAAAUCUGAAGAAGUGCAACAUGGAUCCACGGUUGCCAACUCUCCUCAUGGCUGAGUGCGUGCUGAUCUACAUGACCCGAGAACACUCUGCAGCCCUCCUCAAGUGGGCGGCAGGAAUAUUCCGGGAUGCCAUGUUCAUAAACUACGAGCAGGUGAACAUGGCUGACCGCUUUGGGCAAAUCAUGAUCGACAACCUGCAGAGCAGGCAGUGCAACCUGGUUGGAGUGGAGGACUGCCGGUCUCUGGAAACCCAGAAGGAGCGGUUUCUCCUCCACGGCUGGGAAACAGCAAAUGCGGUCGAUAUGGUGAAAGUGUACACUGGCUUGCCGGCAGCAGACCUCAAAAGGAUAGAAGCCCUGGAGUUCCUGGACGAGAGAGAACUGCUCGAACAGCUCAUGCAACAUUACUGUCUCUGUUGGGCCACCAAGGACUCUUGUCACCUGGGUCUGGCAGAGAUUGCUCUCUAGCUCCUUGCUCCAGUGGAGCCCAAGGCAAGCCUGCUGCCCGCCCGCCGCUGGUGGGCCUCUGCACGUGUGUCGGCUCUGGCUGGCUCCUCCCCACCCGCUGGGCCUGCAAGAGGGAGUGUGAGCCGUGGAGGGUUGGCAGGGCCAGGCCUCUCCCCCGCCCCCUCGUCGUCUGGCCGCCUUCUGAUAACCUCUCCAUACGUGAGCAUCUCUCCCCCCUUUCCAGAGACCUGUGUUUUGGAAUUAUUUAUGAGCAGAAAUGAUUUGUGUUUCCCGCACUUGUUAGCUGACGACAGUCUGAUGCAGCUGAACGUCUUUCUGGCCCAUCUUCUCUGUCUCACUGAGCGGCUGAGAACGGGACUGGGGAGACUGGUUGAGCUACUCUCCGAGGAGGUGGGGGGGGGAGCCAGGAGAGGCUUGUCCUGAUGAGCAGGCGUGGGCAGUGGAGGCGCAGCUGCCUCUCCUCCUUGGGGCCCCGUUUGCUCCUCUCUCUCCCCAUACCACUCCAGCAUGAAUGAGAGCCAUGCUGCUUGCAGGCUGUCCAUUCAUCAGGUAGAGCUGCACAGCUCUACCUGAUGAAUGGACAGCCUGCAGGCAGCAUAGGGCGGGAGAGAGAGGAGCAAAUGGAACUCCUCAAAGGAGGCAGUUGGGCCUCCUUCAGUGCCCCCCCCCCGAAGUGGAUGUUUCUCUCUGCUGAUCCUGGAGGCUCUCCCGCCUUCUCGGGUCUCUUCCUCCUGUGUCGGCGUUGCUCCUGGGAGUUCUCUGGCCUGCAGGGGACUCUUGUUUCUUCCUUGUGAAUCUUCUCAGCCGUGCCAAGGGGUCGCUGCUGCAUUCCGGGAGGGCUUCACUCUCUGCCAAGGCGCACACGCGAGAAUUUGCCCUUCUUCCUCUGGCUGUACUGAAAUGCACUCCUGCCCCUCCUACUGCAAGGAUGAAUAAAUGGUGGAUCUUUGUA